AUGGACGAAGAGGAGGGAGACGUGGUGGCCGUCAGAGGAAAUGCGGCAGCAGAAAGGAGGAGGUUAAGACGCCAAUUCGCCGAACGUGACGUCGACUUCUGGCACAAGCUUUCUUAUUCCAUUGGUCACUUCUAUAACGAUCUCUGCGCGUCUAUGUGGUUCACCUAUUUGAUGAUCUACAUGGAGAAGGUGGUGAUGCUGAGGAGCAGCCUGGCCGGGAUGCUGAUGCUGAUCGGACAGGUCACCGACGCGAUCUGUACUCCUAUAGUAGGGCUUGGCAGUGACCAUGCUUGCCUUCCGGCUUGGAUCCGGAAAAUUGGGCGCCGGAUGAGCUGGCAUGUGAUUGGUGCCAUCUGCGUGACGUUCUCCUUCCCGUUCAUCUACAACCACUGCUUCGUCUGCAGCUCUGUUACAAGCGAAUGGAUGACGGUCAUUUGGUACAUCCCGUUCAUCAUGGUGUUUCAGUUUGGGUGGGCUAGUGUUCAGAUCUCUCACCUGGCAAUGAUUCCCGAUUUAUCAACUCGAGAUGAGAGCCGCUCAACGAUGAACUCAAUGCGGUACGCUUGGGCAGUUCUCGCCAACAUCUCAGUGUUUGCCAUCCUGGCCUACCUUCUUGGAAGCGAUGAUCAAAGCCAUGGUGGCACAAUCGGACCACAAGAAGCCCACAUUUUCCAAAUGUCAUCUGGGAUCGUGGUCAUUACCGGAAUAUUGUCUCUUGUUCCGUUCUAUGCCUUUACCCGAGAGCCGGAGUCGACAGGGCGAGAGAGGAGACUGAGCAUCACGUCGGACGCCAGCGAACUGGUCCGGAUGCACUGGACAAGCUGGUUUGGCCAUCUACAGUUUUAUCAGAUCUCCAUCCUCUACAUGUUGGCCAGGAUGUUCAUCAACAUCACGCAAGUCUACUUUCCGUUUUACGUGACGAUGACGCAGGGGAUGGACAAGAGCUACGUCGCCAUCCUACCUAUGGUGUCUUAUGUCUCUUCCUUCGUGAUGUCCACUGCCUAUUCGAUGCCUUUCUUGAAUGGGCGGAUUAAUAAGAAGUUCCUCUACCUGUUCGGCAUCAUCGUCGGCCUGGGCAACUGCGUGUGGAUGCAGUUCGAGCUGACCGGGUGGCAGAUUUAUGGGGUGGCUGUCUUGAUCGGAAUCACUCAAGCGAUCCUGUUCAUCACCUCAGUGGCCGUCACAGCCGACCUGAUCAAUAAAAAUACGGAAUCCGGCGCUUUCGUCUACGGCGCCAUGUCCUUCGUUGAUAAGCUAGCAAAUGGAGUGGCUUACCAGAUCAUUGAACUCCUCAAUCCGGGCUGCGAUGGUCAGGGCGAUCCGAAGCAAUGCUCCCUGUUCUACCGCCGAGUAGAAUCGUUUGUACCUGGUGGCUGCCUGGUGCUGGCCCUAAUCGUGCUGAUCUCUCUGAUUCCGCAGAGUAUCGGGGAGCGAAGAAGGACUGCUGAAGACCGUCAGCCAAUCAUCUUUGCCAAUGAAGAGGAAUUUGAU